AUGAUUCAAAAAGUAGUUUGGUGCUUGUUUUUUCUUUCGGUUCUAAGUGUAAAUCAUUGCUCGCCAAGUAGCAGCGAUGCCCGCAGCCUUACGACCGAGGGAAAAGUCGACUCCAACGAACCGAGUGUCCAUCCUGACCUCGAGCCUAGUGCGUCCGAAUCGAGCAGCGAGGAUGUCGCCCUGGAGGAUUCGGAGGACGAUCCUCCCGGCCCACCGGACCACGUCAUCCCUUAUUCGGAGCACGAAGAUCCUGCGGAAGUGCCAACGCGACCGAAAUACGUCGCUCCAGGUGCCUGGGCCAAGCCUGAUCCGAAGAAGAAUAUCCCCCUGGAUUUUGUGCCGACUAAAUCACUGGCCCAGGUGCGAGGUACCCACACGGUGAAGGUUUUGCCGCAAAGCGCAGCCAUCGAGGAGGCCGAAACCGCCGAGGAAAGGGAGAACGCUCCCAGAUUACGACAAGUGGUCAGCAAUAAGAAGACCAACACCAUAUACACCGAGGAAGGCUACGAAGACUCGGCCUACGACCAUGCCGGGCAUGUCAGAGACGCCGACUUUCACGAAGGGUACGCCAAAAAGCUCCACGACCAGCGACACAGCAAGGCGAGAUCCGGAGCCGACGGCAAGCGCAAACCGAAGAAGGGAAAUCUGAGAAGCGAGACUCCCGAGCCGAAACUUCAGGAGUUUGAGGAAUUCAACGACGACUACAGCGACGAGCCUCCGCCGAAGGAAAAUUCGAAACCUAAAAAAUCGUCCAGGAAGAAGAAGAAAAAGAAGAAGAAUAAGUUCCCCGAGGAUGAGCUGAGCAGGCCUGAUGUCAAUCCGAAAAUCGUCGCGGAGAAUGAGAUCGAAAGAUUGGAGGACGACCUCGGGAGGGAAAACGAAGAGGCCGAAAAGGGCUCGGAGAAGGAUCUGCUUCGAGGAGAGAUCGAGAAUAAUCAGAACCUGAAUUCAAACGAACAGAUAAGCGAAUACGGCGCUGACGAAAAUAACGACUCGUCGAAUUCACGACCGCAGGAGAGUGUUUACAACCUGCAGGGAGACAUCACCACGGUUACCUACGAAAGUCUUAACAGUCCGCAGCCAAUUAUCACUGAGGCACCGACAACGGCCAAUUACGGUGACGUAUUUUGGAAGUACUAUAGUACAUCGGCGACUCCCUAUAACGCAGAUCCGUCGACGACGUUGACGGCCUUUAACAGCCACGGCCCGUAUCUUCUGUAUUCUGAUAACGCGGGUGUCGUUCUGCCGAUUCAGGAUACCGUUCCAAUCCAAAAUGGCCACCAGCCGGUGAAUCCAAACGCGAUUCCGAACCAGGAAUACGGUAUCGUGAACGAUCAAAUCGCGAACCCCCGGAGCGGUGAAGAUUAUCUGAGUUUCGUUAAUUUCGGUGAUCCUGCAACUUGGGGAUACAGUGCUAUGAACGUUCCUGUAAAGUCCGUGGUACAAACGACACCAUCGCACUACGAUGAUAUUUCUUUAUACAGCACACCGACUUACUCGUUGAUUACGAACUCGCGGAAACCAUAUGAUUAUAGGAAAUAUAGCCUGCCGACGGAUUCGUCUGCUUGGGAAAAAAUGUAUCUCGAGUCAGCAAAGAAAGCGGCUGAAAGACACCAGAAUUAUGAUGCCGCAAGCUCCACUGCGUCUCACAGCAGUUCGGCAACGAAACAUCACAAUCAGGCGAUCGGUAGGGCAGAUUUGACUGGAAAUAAUCCAUUGGCAUCAGCGUCUGACAACGGGAAGGGAACUUCUGCCCGGGUAUACAGUCCAGACUCGAAGUAUGCGAAAAUGUUGAACUUUGUAACCAGCCAACAAAAUAGGAAGUACAAUGGAAAAAAAAGUGAGAGUGCCAACGUGGAGGUUUUCACUAUCAUGAAGCCGCCGGCUGUAAGCACGUCUGUAUAUUCCGAUUUCACACUGAAUUUAUAUCCCAAUGUCGCAGGCUAUUCGACCAUAACGCAGGAAAGCGAAGCGGCGAAAGAAGGUAAUGGGAAAAAAUUCAACGCUAACAAGAACAAUGUAAAACACAACGGCUUAGUCCAGUUUAUAGGCUUAGAAUCACCGGCAUUUCAUAGCGGUGCCCCAGCUGGUGUUGAUAGAAAGAGAUUAUUUCCCGCCUCUAAACUCCUGCCACCUCCGCCAAAUGGCAGAGAUAAUUACGCCGAGCAAAUUGGAUAUUACAAGCCUGCCAAUCAUGCCGAUCCUCUCUACGUUCCGCGUAAUCGCAGAUCUUCGCGACAUCCGCGAAGCGUUGACGAAACAGCAUUGAGUGAGGAGAAGAUCGCCGAUUUUGUUAUUGCGCACGAGAUAAGUAAGCGAUUCAAUUUUACUGUCGAGAAUGAUAAAGGGUCAACGGAGCACCGUGAUAUCGAAGGUGCGCGGAAGGCGACAAUGAGACGGAAAAGGAAUCUGGUACGUGAAAAUAGCCAGACUGUAACGGAAGAUUCCCUUACGCUAGCGGAAGAGCUUUUUCUGAGUGAAAGUAAAGAGCGCGACGGAUUUCUGAGGAACGAUAGAUCGCGAAAUGGGAGCGAUCAUGAAGAUCUGCUCAACGCGUCUCAUAAAAUAGCCAGCGAUGUUAUCGACGAAGAAAUCGAAGCUAGAUUCGAAGACGAAGAUCACGAUGCGGUGAAAGAGGGUAAGGUGAGGGAGGAAGAACCAGAGUACGAAGAUGAAGACGAAAAUGAGGAUGAAAAAGCCCGACGUGAAGAGCUGGUUGAAAUCGAUGAUCCGGAUCUAGACUACCUGGACGAAAUUCAGGACGUUAACGAGAUCGUGAAUUAUCCCACAACCACUGUUGCUAGUAUCGAUCAUCAGAAAUAUCCCUUUUACAAAAAUUCUAAAGUGUCGAGUUUGUCUCCCUUACAGUACAUCAUAAACCCCGAAGAGAUUCCGAGAAAAACGUUUGGAGGAAUGGAAUUCUAUGACUCCAGAGAUAGGUACGUAGAGUGCGAGGGAGUCGAUCCGAGUCUGGACGAAGUUCUCCCCGAAGAGGAGGAACCCGUACCGAAUAGGGGCCCAAAAGAAAAUCUACCCCGCCUGAGAGGCCUGGGAGAUAAAUUAGACUGCUACAAAGCGAAAUAUUUUGGACAAAACCCUUUCGACAGCCCUUUAUUUUUCGAGAAGCAGAUCACUCAACCGACUCGACCAACCGAAUUGGACCCCGUAAAGUUUGCGGCCAGGAUCGCAGAAUUGCCGGAACUAGACGAAAAGCACCCUGCACAAUCGAGAAAACCGGAAACCAUAACGAUUAAAAGAAUGGACAGGGACCGGAGGCGAGUGAAGAACCGAAACCAAGCGAAAGCCAUAAGCGUGAAAUCUUCCGUUCAACCGCGGACCAGAAAACGCAACAACACUAAUAACGCUAAAUUGAUAGAAUCAUUGAAUAAGAAACCGCAGAGAGAUCCGAGAAGAAAUAGGAACCGUAGACCGGCUCAGAUACUUGAGCCGACCGCGAUGCAGACGGCCGAAACCAAGUCCGUAACACCGUAUGAAACGGAAGUUUACGAGGAUGUUAUGGGGACGAUAAAAAACAUGGCAAGCUUGUACGAAUUCCUUGGAACGCCAACCGUGCCCACCUCUAUGGAGGCGACGAUUGUGUCACCGAACGCAGGCCACACUCCGAGUGCAACGAGUCCAAAGAAAGUGAAAACGUCGAAUCGCGUUCCAAUACCGAACGGGAAAAGAGAGCAGGGUUUUUCCCCGAUGGGUGUAACGGCAAGCCCCUCCGACGAGAGUAUCGUCGGUCUACUUCCGCCUCCUCAGCUCGUCAAUAAGCCGAAACUUCGACCCUAUAGAACUAACAAGGUUUCGUACAAUACUAGAGUCAGAACCGAGAGGCCGGUGAAGGAUGAUGACCAAAAGAUUAUCGGAUACUUCAGAACCGUCACGGUCCACAAACGGAGCCUGGAUAAUCGCCGCGGUAGUCCAGGUGACCCAGAGAUGAACGCCAGCAAACACAUCGUGAAAGUAAGGGGCAAACGAAACGGAAAUCCCAGUGCUGUUUUUGCGACAACAGCGAGUCCAAGGCUUAAACGAAAGCGGAAGACCAAUCUUGAUGCCAGUGCAGCUACAACGACGACUACCACAGAAGAGCCUGUAACUCGAAAGAACAGACCUGCUUACGUUGUCAGGACUAGAUCCAGAAAUUCAAAGGAUGAAACAAGCACCGAAAGACACGGAGAGUUCACCACCGCCCAAAGAAACUCGGCAGUGAUCGACGGUAGGAGAAAAGAACCAAGGUACACGGAAAUCGUCAGAAAGAGGACUCAAACAGUCGCUUCUACCACGUCCACACCAAGCUCGGAACAAUUGCCGGAAUCUAAGAGCACCGAAGCGCUGACAAAUCCUGAUAUGAUCGGAACUCUCUCGGAACAAGUAGCAAAGCCAGGUGAGAUUCAUGAGAGCGUUCAUACAAUGCCUAGAAAGAGUAAAACACGAGUUGGAAAUGCCGAAUCUUCUGACGAGAUCUACGAGGCUGGCACGACAGAUCUUGAACCGGAACGAAUAGAAGAAAAUGACGAGAGUCCGGAGAAUUAUGAGGAAGAAAACGCUACUGUUGAACCGGAGAAAAUAGUUAGAAAGUAUGAUGUUCACGAAGAUGUUCAGGAAGAAACGACUCCGAGUGUCAUGGACUUCGCAAAACCUACGAGGACUUUCGGGCAUGGGAAUUUUGAUAGUUUUUUUAAAACAGAUGGUUCUGGAUUCGGCGAUGGCUUUAACGUUAAGCCAAAAUCGGGACGAUCAGAAAGCGAGGUGAUGAAUACUCGAAAUGAGAAAUCUAACGAGGAACAAGUUGACGGGGAGGACGAGGACCACGAUGUAGAGCCAAAAAAUGAUUCUUACGAAGAAGAAGAGUCAUCUGAUGAAGAGAGUCCUAAAUAUUCCAGUGAUACGAAACAGUAUUCCGACUCUUCGGACGAAAGCGCUGAUAAUUCUGAAAGUGAGGAGAAAAAUUCACCGCAAAAGGAUUCCGAAAUGACUUUUUUCAGAUACAACAGUCGCCCGAGUUCACCGUUCGAGAGUUUUGAGGAUGAGAAAUUUUCCGAUUUGGGACCUCGCAUCAAUAAGCCAGCAUUUUACCAUCCCUCUUUCCAGGAUAUAAAGGACGAACGAUUUUUCUUCGAUGACUCCGAUGAAGAUGAGAAAGAUCAAGCUGACGAGAGUUCCGAGAACGGUAAAUUCACGUUCGGAAGGUAUCAUGACGAAGAGGACGACGAAGAGGAUGCAGCGGAGGAAGAUUACUCGGCGCAUAGUUCAGAAAAAUAUGAAUAUCCUUGGGAGAAACGGGAAAGAUUGGCCGAAGAGAGGCGGAAAGAGCGCGAUAUAAGGAAAGAGUAUACAAACAUUGAGGAAACUCCGGGCACAGUGUACGAAGACAGUUCAACUGAAAAGGAAAGGAUGAAACAGAAUAGAGAAGAUGACAAAGACGAGGAGGAUGUGAAACCUUUGACGGUGAACUAUAUAAGGGACCCAAGCCAGCGGCAUUAUUAUUACAUCGAGGAUAAAAAAUGAUUGUAGUUAUGUAUCAGAGCUUGUGUUAUAUUAAACAAAUCGUUAAAGUCCGUGCCUGACACGAUUUUUACAGCGUGACGGGGCCGUAAAAUUUCACCAUUCGCAGAUGUCGGAAAAAAAUACGCAAUUAAUUACUACAGCAGCGGUAGCAAGUAUAAAGUACUAUGUCGGUGUCGUUGCACCUUGAAUAAUUUAAAUUCGAGUCAUUUAAGACUUUGUCAAUCGUUAUGCUAAUCAAACUAUAAUACGGCUGUUAUUGCGACUACGUUAUGCAUUUCGUGAUACCUGUUUUGCACGGUUAAGCAAUUGAUAUACCCUGUACCAAUUAUUCAAUAUCUCUAAAAUAUUCCGCCGUCAAACAAUAUGGUUCUAAAUCCUGCUCUUGAGGAGAUAAAAAAUACCGUAAAAAGUGCUAUAAUGAUCAUAUACACGCAGGUAUGGGUUAAUAGUUCUUACCCACCGCUGACUACCGCUGAUCUAAUCGUCAUGCAACAUAUACUGGGUUCGAGUUUCACCUGUUUUGUACACCAUUCCACUCGUUACCGUUAUACGUUUAUUUAUAAUAUUGUACAUAGAGAAUUCUGUUUUGUUAUAAUUAAUAAAAUACGUUACAUAAAUAUCA